UGUUUGUAACACCCGGUGUUUGAGUUGUGUGAUGGAGUUUCGCUGACAGACAGACAGUAACGCUGCGUGAUUUCUGUUUUUACUGAGUCUGUCCUCCUACACGGCGGUUUCUACCGGGAGCUCUCGGCCCAGCGACAUGGCGGAUAACAUUAUCGUCAGGGUACAGUCCCCAGAUGGGAUGAAGAAAAUCCCCUCGACCAAGAGGGAGACAGCCGCUGCUUUUUUGAAAAAGGUGGCCAAAGAGUUUGGAUUCAACUCCAACGGGUUCUCAGUUUACCUGAACCGCAACAAGACCGGAGAGAUCCUUUCCCAGAACAAAGCCCUCAGCCUGCUGAAGAUCAAGCAUGGGGACAUGUUGUUUCUGUUCCCUUCAGCAUCCUCCACCUCAUCUGGGGAGGUGAUGGACACGGCCACCCCGCACACAUCUUCAUCACUACCCUCCAUCUCGUCCUCCUCUUCAUCCUCCUCUUCGUCCUCCAUGAUCCCUCGGUCCUUCUCAGCACCCCAGGUCCAGGAGGACGAGAUCGAUCAGUAUCUGGCAAAGCAAGACGGCAAAAUCUACAGGAACAGAGAUCCACAGCUAUGUCGCCACGGUGCCCUUGGAAAAUGUGUGCACUGUGUACCAUUAGAGCCUUUUGACGAAGACUACCUGAAUCACCUCGACCCACCAGUGAAGCACAUGUCAUUCCACGCAUACCUUCGCAAGCUGACCGGUGGAGCCGAUAAAGGGAAGUUUGCUGCUCUGGAGAACAUCAGCUGUAAGAUAAAGUCCGGCUGCGAGGGUCACCCUCCCUGGCCAGAGGGGAUCUGCACCAAGUGCCAGCCCAGUGCCAUCACACUGAAUAGACAGAAAUACCGUCACGUGGACAACAUCAUGUUUGAGAACCACACCAUCGCUGACCGUUUCCUGGACUUCUGGAGGAAGACGGGCAGCCAGAGGAUGGGCUACCUGUACGGCAGGUACACCGAGCACAAAGACAUCCCUCUGGGCAUCAGAGCUGAGGUGGCCGCCAUCUACGAGCCCCCACAGAAUGCCACUCAGAACAGCCUGGAGAUGCUGGAGGAUCCCAAAGCUGCAGCUGUGGACGAAAUCGCUGCCAAACUGGGGCUUUGCAAGGUGGGAUGGAUCUUCACCGACCUGCUGUCUGAGGAUACGAGGAUAGGAACUGUCCGCUACUCAAGAAACAAGGACUCGCAUUACCUGAGUGCAGAGGAGUGCAUCACGGCGGGAUACUUCCAGAACCAACAUUCAAACCCCUGCAGACUCUCUCGAGACGGACACUUCGGAUCCAAAUUUGUGACCGUGGUCGCAACAGGCGGUCCAGAUAACCAGGUGCACUUUGAAGGAUACCAGGUGUCCAAUCAGUGCAUGGCUCUGGUGAGAGACGAGUGCCUACUGCCCUGCAAAGACGCUCCUGAGCUGGGCUACGCUAAGGAGUCCAGCCCCGAGCAGUACGUCCCCGACGUCUUCUACAAGGACAAAGACAAAUUUGGAAAUGAUGUCACGUUUCUAGCUCGGCCUCUGCCUGUGGAGUACCUUAUCAUAGAUAUAACUACAACUUUUCCAAAGGACCCUCAGUACACCUUUUCCUCAACACAACGCUUCCCCAUCGAAAACCGCGAUAUUCUGGGAGAAACACAAGAUUUUCACAGUUUAGCGACAUACCUGUCCCAGUGCACCUCGGCAUCAUUCCUGAACAUCGUGUCAGACUUCCAUCUGCUCCUCUUCCUCGUCACCAAUGAAGUCAUGCCUCUGAGAGACAGCAUCGGACUGCUGCUUGAUGCAGUGAAGACUUCUAAUGAGGAUCUGGCACAGACCUGGAAGAAGUCUGAGCAGUGGGCCACCAUCGAGCAGCUGUGCAGUACAGUGGGUGGGCAGCCCUCCAGCUCUCUGGGUUACGGGGCCAUGGGCGGCCCCUCGGUUCCUGCCUCCUCCUCAGCCAUGUGGUCCUGCCUCCACUGCACCUUCAUGAACCAGCCUGGCACGGAGCACUGUGAAAUGUGCAGCCUGCCCCGCAGUUAAAACCCUCCACCCUGCUUCCUCGCCCUGCCCUGAUCAGUCACUGCACCAGGACCAGCUGCAAGAUCCGGACGCCCCGUUUUCUUUAUUUUUCCGCCUCACGUUGACGCCUCCGCCCUUCCCACCUCACCGGCUUCUGUGCCGCGCAGAGGGAUGCGCUCGUUUACAUCGAAUUUCACAGAGUAAAUAAGGUUAAACCAGACUGUUUCGUGUUUUGUAUCCCUCCUCACAGCGGCUCUGGUGAGUGGCGGGUUUUAGGUAAAGCACUUUUGGCUGAGGCCCCCCAUCACCCUAAAAUAAAUCCUCCCUUGUGGCUCAAAUAUAUCCUGCUGUGACUCAGGACAACAGCAAAGACUCAAGUGUUUGGAUGUUUUCUCACUUCAGUGCCGCUCUCACUCUCACAACGUCUUCUGGAAAAUCUUGCUGUGUAUAAAUACAUUUGAGGAAUGACACUGUUAUUUAAUUUUCUUCUUCUUCUUUUUUUUUUUUUAUUAUUAUCAGAUUGUAGCGCAUAUCUUAAAAUUUUGAAUCUUCAGCGUGGACUCUGCUCAGUCAGGUUUUUAUAGGUCUCUUUGGCCCUUAAAGCCCCUAAAAGUACAAUCAUCGGUCAAAGGUCAGACCUGAAAGAGCUCCAGAGUAAUCCCACUUAUGUAGAGAGUUUAUAUUUUCAGUAUUAAAUUAAGUCCCACAUUUGAAGUAACAUUAUCACCUUUUGGACUGAUACCUAAAAGAUCUUUCGCUGGUUUGUUGGAAUCGUAGCUUUUUGGAUUUGGUGGUUUGAACUUGAUCAGGCACAAUAUGUAGCUUAUUUUAUCAGCUGUAUGUUCUUUUUCUCUGAUAUCGCGCCCCGAGACACCAUCCACCGUCAUCUCCAUCCUUAUCACUGACUCGCAGAGUUUUAGCCGUGAGGUGCUUUAGAAACAACUGGUGCUCGCCACUCUCCUCUCCGUCACUCUCACUUCCCCCCCGUGGUUCUUCUUCUUUUGUAUCCUCACUCACGCUGGUGCGAACGAUGCCAGAGCGUUGACCAACGUUCCUCCACCGAAGGGCCCCUUGUGGGUUUUUCCCAUCGCUCAGCCUUCAAAGACUUCGCUGCUCAGAGUGCAAAGGGGUCGCAGGUCACCGUGGGGGGAGAAAAGAGACGCUUUGUCUCGGCCGUUAUAAAUCUGCAAGAAGGAUGGCGAUGAUCUGCUUUUUAAACACUGAUUCUUCUCAAGCAAAAACCCUGAGCUUCUUCCUGCAGGAGGCAUUGAGGACGUUCAGCAUGGUCGCUGUUGUUUUUAUAGUUUCUUUUACAGAGCUGCGGUUGUCAGUGGUGAAAAAGGGGCUGAGAAUGAAAGCUUGUCUCGAUAGCACUCAAAACAGGCAACUGAAAAGGUCAGUUCACCCAUAUUAUAACACAUUCUCAUAUCCAGAUCUGUCGCUGCAGGCAUUUAUUCGCAAUGCUGGGGGAGGCGGAGCUAAGCCCAGGAUGCAGUGAUGGUGUCCCAGCAAAAUAGUGACAGUGGAAGCUUGUUGUUAGAACAUUUGGAAGCACCGUCUUUAAAAAUGUCACAACAAUAAGCGCCCCCUUGUUGUACAAUCCAGAUUCUUUGCAAAACUUGACAUUUUCAGCGUGUACAUCGGUGGUUGUAGUUGUUGUUUCCUGUAGGAGAGGGGAUUUUGAAAACGGUAACACGUAGGUAGUGGCAGGUGAGGAGAAUGCAGCAUGACACGUACAUGAGAACUGACUGUACCCAACGUCAGCAUAUGGUAAGUCAGACUACCUCCACACGAGUACAGCAGAUAUACAACAGAAGGAAAAGCACAGGUUUAUUGAUGAUGGCUGGAUUCAUUCCACCUGUGCUUCACCUGCAAGUGAAAAUAUCUGUCGUUAAACUGAAAAGAGUAGAAGCUGAUUUAUUGGACAAUUGAAAACUCAGACAAAUAGAAUUUUUCCACAUAUGAGCCGCACUAGCUGUAGUGGGUGUAUUAAGACACUAUUGAAACUGGUUUCUUAUGGAUUUUCUUUUGUGAAACUCUGUACUGGGACCAAAACCUGUGCGCAAAAAAUUUGGUUCUGGUCAUGUCACAGCAUUUCUAACAUGAGCCCAGUUAGCAAAGUCAGACCACAUCGAUGUCCAUCCAAACUAAGCCAACUCGUUUUCAUUCUCAGGGCGUCAAAAACUGCCGUUUGGCCAAAGCCGCUGAUGUCUUGGAGAUGCAGACAAAGUGGUGUUGGUGCCACCCGAGUCAAAAGUCAACGCUGAUGGAAGUAUGAGAGUUUUUCUUGUUUAAAAGAGCUUCGUAAGGAUGCCGGGCAGGCGGAGGUGGCGUAAGUCGCAUUGUUUUCUUAAAUUUUGUGACUCAAGUCUCGUCACUCGUUAAGGCACCAAAACUUCUUGGUCAGGUUUAGGUCAAAAUACGCCAACCACAUGUUACAAGGCAAAGUUCUCGAUGUCUGAAAUACAGCAACAGCACCAGCUAAGAACAUUUAGCUGAGCACUGUAGCCUAUUUCUGAUGUUCACAGAUUUUUCUAGACCUGUUGUGCAUGAAGAGGUCGUAUGGGACGAGUUGGGAGCGAGGCCUUUUCAAAGCUGGUGUCAUUCUGAGGGUUGUGGGUCAUGUGUGAUUAAAUAUUAAGUAAUGCAAUUAAAAAAAAAGACAAGUGACAUUGAUUCUGUUUCCUAAUGCACAUUUUGAAGUAUUGCAUUAGAAAACGUUAAUGGAAACAGCAUAAUUUCAAAACCGUUUCUCAAUUUCACAAAAGAUUUUUACGAGCGUUUGAGGUGGAUUUUGACGUUUUCGGUGUUGAUGUGCUUCAUUAAAGAUGGACAAACCUUGUGGCCAGCAUCGAAGGAGUUCAUUCUCCCCAAACCAGUUAAUAGAAAUGCACCAAAUCUAUAUCAUCCUUAUUGUGUGACUUUUCAAAUGUUCGCUUGCCAACGAAACACGGUUAGUGAUGCUGAAACUGGACAGCGUCACGGUUACCAUAUUUACAGCUUCUGAACCGUCCCGACCGAAUCUCUUCUCAACUCAUGUCCUUGAUUCGUCUUGUGCUGACUGAAACAUCCUCAAACCCUUUAUCACCACUGGUCAGGUUCAGUGUGGUUGGCUUCUGUUACCCUCAUAACUUUGUGCACUGUCGCACGACGUGGAUUUUUAUCUCCGACGCUGAUCCAAACCGGUGGAAUUGGUAAAUACUGACGUGUGGUUGUCGACGGGGCUGUGAGCUUCUUUUUAAGAGCGUGACGGUGAAUUCCAUUGAUGAAUACAUUUUUAGUUGUAGUUUCAUUUGAAAAUGUCUGGACAAAAAAAAA